GGUGGCGUGGUAGACAUGUUCGACGCGUUCAGCCGCCAGCACCAGAUUACGACCGGCAAGACGGAUUUCACUAUUCAGUACCUACCCAAAUCACAGGUAACAUGUCUGUCAACUGUAAGCGCGAGGGUGACGACUAUAACCCGCGAAAGAACCUGGAAAAGCUGCUUGCCUCUUGUGGUACCCCAAGCCUGAAGGUGGAAGAGAGUGUCAGUGACGAUGGUUCAGUGGUGGCUAAAGUCACGGACACAAACAACACAUUAGGAAAAGCAUUAGAGCAGGUUGACGAAUUUGUCACUAAAUAUACUGGACCGGACUUAGAAAGUGUGGUGGUGCAAGAAAUUCGCAGAAAAACUGGAAUGAGGGUGAAAUCUGAGGUUUCGAGAAUGCUAAAUGCUGAUGUAAAGGCAGCUGAAAAAGCAAAAUUGUUUCUGGAUUUUGAUUGGGAUAAACUUAUUAGAGAAAACACGUUGCAAAAACUGUAUGUAUCUCAACUGGAUCUUUACCUUAAACAUGCAGGCUACACAGAUAGUGACCUACAUGUGAAAGGUUUCCCAAAGAUAAGAAGAUUGAGGUGAUCAAAAGGCAUUACUAUAAUCAGGAACAUCCAAAGGCGAAACGAGCACCAGCCGUGAAAUCAUCUCAACGUUUUUCAGGCACGAAUAGUAAACCAGCACAAACUGAAAACACCACGUCAGUCAGACAAACGCAAAGUGCUACUUGUCACGUAUCCCUUCCACCUAUUUCCCCUGCAAACGCAAAUCCCACAGCGAAUGUCCUUAUAAAUGUACCUCCUUGGGGUGGAUCCGUAAAUAUACCAUUGUAUGGUAUAAGAACAUUGAUUAACACGUGCCCCAUUGACAACUUUUUAGUGAUUUUAUAUAGUCAACACAAGACGAACCCUGCUUUUGGACUUGAGCUAACCCAAUCCACGGAGGCGUAUGCGAGCGUGCUUAUGAAGGUUUUUGAUUCAUUUGACAACGGUAAUUUCGGCGAAGGAAAGUUCUGGUGGUUACAGCAAUUCGGGGGACUUUUGAUUUCCGUAACAAUGCACGAAUAG